AUGAGUUUUGGGGACCAUUUCCUCGAUCGAACAGUUCGUCUCCCUGGGAAGACUGCACCUCAGACCUCUGCAAUUUUACCUCAACAAGAAUUGGAAAAGGAAGGAACAAAGGCUUUCAGACAUCUUCCCAAUUUCAGCAGAGGUCAAGAAAGAUUUAAAGUGGUGGCUGGAUCCAGCGAAGCUGGGAGGGGGAGUCUCACUUCAACAAGUGAACCCACAGCUAAUACUGUUCUCAGACGCACCCGACCUAGGCUGGGGAGCAACACUGGGGAACAGAGAGAUUUCGGGGCGAUGAAGCAAAACCGAAAAGACAUGGCAUAUCAACAAGAAAGAGCUGAUGGCAGCUUUUCUAGCUCUUCAGGCAUUCGAGGAGUGUGUGUCAGGCAAAGUAGUGGAAAUAAGCAUGGACAACGUGACUGCUCUAGCGUAUGUCAAGAAACAAGGAGGCACCCACUCCUUUUCUCUGAACGAGACAGCCAAGAAUCUUUUGCUAUGGGCAAAGGACAGAAAUAUCGUCCUCCGAACGAGAUUUGUACAGGGAGAAUUGAAUGUCAGAGCGGACCUCUUGAGCCGGAAAAACCAGGUCCUGCCAACAGAAUGGACUCUCAAGUUGGAGGUAUGCAAAAUGCUAUGGAAGUUAUGGAGGCAGCCUUCCAUAGACUUGUUUGUGACCAACAAGACAAGAAGGAUGCAGACGUUCUGCUCCCCGGUUCCAGACCCACAAGCAGUAGCAGUAGACGCAUUCCUCAUGAACUGGGAAGGGCUGGAUCUGUACGCCUUCCCUCCUUUCAAAGUGCUACACAAAGUAUUGAAGAAGUUCACGCAGUCCGAAGGAGCCAGAAUGACCCUGAUAUCCCCGUACUGGCCGAUCCGAGACUGGUUCGCAGAGAUGUUGCAGUGGCUAGUGGAAGUUCCAAGAACCCUUCCGUUGCUUCCAGAUCUGCUCAGACAACCCCACUUCAAACGGUAUCACAAGAAUACCCGCACUCUACAGCUAACUGCCUUUCGACUGUCGAAAAACUCCUUAGAGCUAGAGGCUUUUCGCGAGAGGCAGCUAAAGCUAUCGCCAGAUCGAGGAGGGCUUUGACCAUCAACGUCUACCAGUCGAAGUGGGAGGUAUUUAGAAACUGGUGUAAGGAGAAGAAGGUGUCCUUGUCCAACACGUCUGUGAGCCAGAUCACAGACUUCCUUCUUCACUUAAAACUUAAAGUAGAUCUAGCCACGACUACGAUUAAGGGAUACAGGAGCAUGCUGGCGUCAGUAUUUAGACAUAGAGGACUGGACUUGUCUAGAAAUCAAGAUCUUCACGACCUAAUUAGAUCUUUUGAUACUACAAAACAAAAGAGUGAACAACUACCAGGAUGGAAUCUGGACGUAGUAUUAAGGUUUUUGAUGUCUGGCAAGUUUGAACCAAUCCAGGAAUGCUCUUUCAGGGACUUGACCAGGAAGACUCUUUUUCUAGUCGCUCUCGCUACUGCAAGGAGAGUAAGCGAGAUUCAAGGUAUGGACAAAAGGGUGGGAAUUAGCAGAUCCAAAGCGGUUUGUUCGACCACUUUAGGUUUCUUAGCCAAGAAUAAGACUCCAACCAAUCCUUGGCCUAGAUCUUUUACGAUUCCCAGCCUUGGAGACUUUGCAGGUCAGGAACGUGAAAGGACUCUUUGUCCAGUAAGAGCAUUACAGGUUUACUUGCAGAGAUGCAAGGACGUCAGGGGGACUUUUGACAACUUAUGGUGUUCCGUUAAAGACCCCAAGAGGCUUAUGUCAAAGAAUGCUUUGGCCUUCUUUAUUAGAAGUGUGAUUCAGGAAGCACACAUUGAGUGCAAUGAAACUUUAUACAAGGCUCUAAAGGUAAAAGCCCAUGAAGUUUGA